UCUCUACUCCCUUUCUGCAGGAUCCACAGAUCCCAGACUGCAGCCCUGUGACCAGGAGGAGAGCGCUUGUGUGCAGCCUGGACACCACAGAUCCAACAGAAGAUUGAAUAAGAAACCCAAACAAGUCUUCAGUAUUGCAUCAUUUUGGAGAUCAUGUCCUCCAGGUUGAAGUGAAGGUUCCCGUUUGUGGUUCCUUUCUUCAGGACUGACCCUGCAUUGGAAGCUUGGACCUCACAUUUUACAAAAUGCCAGCAAAAACCCCAAUAUACUUGAAAACGUCCACUCCUAAGAGAGGUAAAAAGCCCAAACUUCGAGAUGUGUUAUCGAGGGAAAUGAUUAGCCCUCCUUUAGGUGACUUCAGACACAGCGCUCAUAUAGGACUAGAUGGAGAAGACAUGUUUGGGGAGUUGUCCUUUUUACAAGGCAAGUAUGACCUGCUUCCAAAUUUGGGCCGGAAGUUGACCCUCCAAGGUACAGACAACAGUCUGGACCCAGAGUUUAAUGACAAUGAUGGAAGUUUCCGUCCCUUCUUAAAAAAUGCAGUAUCUCUCCCUGUCUUCACUGGAACACAGAGUAAGGAGAGAGCUCCUCCAAAACCACCCAGGCUGCACCUGGAAGAAGUCCCAAGCCAACGUUCUAUGUCCAUUAGCUACGGGGAAGGAUGCUUUCGUAGAGAAGAAGAUAUGUCUUUCUCCUCCAUUUCUAAAGAAGAAAGUAGCAGGUUCUUGACAGCUUCUACAAGUUCCUCUGAAGGUUCCAUUAUUGGAAGUGGAAUGUUCAGCCCAGGAAGUGGGACUGAUGUAUCUCAAAGUAAAAUUGACAACAUGGACUCCCAGAACCAGGAUAAUCCUCCUUCUGAAUAUCUCUUUGGGCUGGAGCUGGACCUUGGCCCAUCAAUUCUGGAUGAUGUUCUGAGGAUAAUGGAUGAUUACAAAGCUUCAUAAUUGUAUGAAGAUGGGAAAUUGUACAUGGACAUUUAUGGACACUAUUUAUUGUUGGCAGGAAUGCUCCUCAGAAGGACAACUGACAAUCUAGUCAUUCAGAGUAAUAAAUAAGGUCUUUUCAACCAAGAGGCCCUUUUAUAUCAGUAUUUUAGAUGUUUUACUCUUAUUUAUAAUUUACUUUGCUGGUAUAAAGGUCCAUGAACUUCAAGUUAUUUUUGUUAAAAAUUUAAUUUACAGGAGAACAAAAUAUUAAAUUCCGUAAGGAAACAAAUUUUUUCAGGAAAUCCUCUUGUUACUGGGAACGGUUGACAUAAGGUAUUGCGAAUACUGGAUGCCUAAAAAUAUCAGUUUUGUAUUUUCCUUUACUUCUGUGCAACUAGGUGUAUUUUUGUCUACUGUGCAAUCUCCAAAACCUACCGAAAUUUUGGAACAUUUCUCUGUUUUUAUGAUUGCGCUAGUGAUUAUGCUUAAAGAUCUCACCACGGUUUUGUUUCCACAUGAUAAAAAAGAAAACUCUACUAUGCCUUUCCUUAAGGACAUGCUAUAGUUGCCUUGGUCAAGAGCUAUCUGCAUCGCAAUCCCAUAAACAUGUGAAUGGUAGUCAACAAAACUGUCAGAAAUCAAAGCAACUGUCCUACAAUUAUCUUAAUAUGUGGGUGAAGUUCUCAGAUGGCUCCAAGUAUGAGAGAAUGAUCACUAGGUUUAAUAAAUUGCAGAAAGUAUCCGAGAGAUAUAAGGGAAAGUGAGAUGAGGAAACCGAAGGAAGACAUUUGAUAGCCUGCUGGGUUUAGCCUUCAAACCUACCACCAGACUAUGUUUAGUUUUAUAUAAUGCUUGCUAAAUUCUACUCAGCUUUGUAUGCUGGUCAUCAGAAUGCACUUUGCUUUAUGUAAUGGUCAUUAGGUUACACCAUGCUGUGUAUACUGGUCAGCAGAUUGAAUCCUGUAUACUGAUCACCAGAUUAAGCUCAAUUUUGCAUACAGGUCACCAGAGUAGGUUAAACUUUUAAACAGAUUGCGCUCCACUUUGCUUAAAGAUCAACAGAUUUGGCUCCAAUUUGCUUAGAGUCCAGAUUGGGCCUAAUUUUGCAUAGAGGAUACCAGAUUGGGCUUAAUUUCCCACAGAGGUCACCAUGAUUGGGCUCAAUUUUGCAUAGAGGUAACCAGAUCAGGCUCAAUUUUGCACAGAGUUGACCAGAUUGGGCUCAAUUUCCCAUAGAGGUCACCAUAUGGCGCUCC